AUGGAUGGCAAUUGCACCUCUAGGUUUUACACUAACCUCUUAAUUGCAAAGUAUUUGAAGCAAAAUGGCUUGGAAGACUCAUUGGCGGCUUUUAUAAGGGAAACGGCACUACCAUUCUCUGCCUUGGAAGAGAGCAAAAGGUCGAACGGUAUUGUUGGUGAGGUACCGAUAGAAAGUCUACAGAAUAUCAUUCAAGAUAGAAUUUGCUACAAAAAAUCGUCAUUCCAGGACCGAUUCAAAACUCUUUCGGUAAACGAUGAAUUGGCCCCAAUCGAUAAUGCGAGAUAUGGAAUCGAGCCGUGGAAUCAUAAUAUAAAAUUUUCACUUGAUCUGAAUUUAAACAAAGUUUUACCCAGAGAUACGUUGUUCAUUAGUGCGAACUUCAUAGAUAAUGAUAAAAAUUUAUUACUUUCAUCGGCGACGGGAGAGCUGACAAUCUACGACGUCCAAAGAACGACGUCAAAGGUCCUUAAUGCCCAUAAAGUGGUUAAAGGUAUUAUCAAGCUAUGCGGGUCGAUUGGUAGAUCCGGUUAUCACUAUGUGUGCCCAAUGAACGGGAGAUUUUACCUGUUAAAUAAGAAUUUUGAAUUUAUCACUGAUGCAGUAUGGAAAGUUCAUUCAAGAAUGAUAACGCAUAUAAAGAUUUGUACUUUUACAGAAUCCUCUUGGUAUAUCAUUUCAAGUGGCAUGGAUAAUCUCUUAAAACUGAGCUUAUUGGAAGUACAGGAUGGUAAGAUUUUGUUCAAACAACUAUCAGAAAUAAAGCUUGCCUCCAACUGUACGUCGCUAAAUGUGAUCACUGAUGAUGGUAACAAUGAUGGUCGUACUAAGUUCUCAGUGUUUCUCACUAGAGCUGAAUUCACACAUAUAGCAUGUUACGCGAUUUCAGAUUCAAAAGCACUGGUGCAUUCAUACAACAUCGCUUUGAACAACGCCGAAUUUAGCACAUACGCUUUCAACAUUCGAGAUGCAAUUGUAGCAGAUUUUGUUCAUUCUGGUAGUGAAGAUGUGAUAAAGCUAGCACAAAGUUCCAUGUUAGUAGUGGCCACCUCACACAAACCUUAUAUGAGGUUGAUGUUAGUUGAGAUACCCAUGGAGAUAGACCAUUUUGAGUCGACGGUAUCAGAGGCAACUCCAAAGACAUAUUACGAUAAAGUCUUGAGAAAUUUCGCCACGGAAAUUAGCCAAGAUGAUUUCUCGUUACCGAUUCUCCAAAGUUUGAAAACUUCCAACGGUAUACUAGUUGGAAAUGAUGAGGGAAUUUACAGCAUUGAUUUAAUGAAUGGUGACUCCAGACUAUUGAAUAUUCCCGAUGGGGCAAAAUCGCUACGUAACAGGAUAAAGUGUAUGGAUGUGAGUGAAGACCAAAUGAGAGUAGUCGCUGGAACAUCUGAUAAAUCUAUUUGUAUGCUGAACAUAACCAAAUAA